AAUAAAUAGUGGAAAUUCGAUUUGUCGACAUUUUUCUUGUUUUUCUUUUUUUUUUUUUGAUGAAACGUGGUGACGAAGCACCCAACGGGACAAUGAUGCGACUCCCCGUGCAGUUCCUUGUUGCGGCACUGCAGCGGAACCAAAGAAAAAGGCCACCGCGAUGAGAUCCGUCCGACUGGUGUCAAACCUGUGGCUGGCAAUGUCUUCGGCAACGAGGGGUACAACGAGGGGUACAACGAGUCCUGCUAUUCGCUCGACGAACCCACCACAAAGGCUGCCAUCGGUGUUCUCGGCAGCGGCGUCUGCUACGGAACUGGGAGCCGCCCGUGGCUCCGGCGCGGUGGGCGGCGAUUCCAGCGGCCCCGACGACGGCGACCGUGCGAUGCGCGAGUUGGCGGGGUACCACCCGAUCGUCAUCGAGGGCAUGGGAUACUACGACCCCCGUGACCCGGCCGUGGUGGCCGGGAACAUCUGCGAGAACCUCGGGGCGCAUUUCGCAUCCCGCGGCGGCCAAAGCGACGGGCCGUACCUGGUCGUGGUCCAGGGGGAUCCUCUGACCGAGCGCGGGAUAUCGGCCAUCACGCCGAGGGUGGCGGAGUGCCUCGGAUUGAAGCGCGGGCUGGUCUGCCUGGACGAGGACAUCGAUCCGACCCACUCCCAGAACGCGGACCGCGAAAACGUCGUGCUGGAAGUGAGCUACUCCCGCCUAGCGGGCAUUUUGUCAAGGUUGCCGUACGAAGGCGGCGGCGAAGGCAGCAGCGAGAAAUCCGUGCUGCGGGCCAUGGAAGAGUCCAUCGACGCCCUCGUUCGCCAAAAGAACCUCGAGCGGGAGGCCAUCGGCAAACCACCGAUGAAAGAGUAUUUCAAGCAGUACGCGCUCUUGCAGGAGGUCACCAAGGCCUCCCUGCACAGGCUCUGUGGGGGCCGACUCACGAUCGCCCACACCUCCGCGGACAUCAAUCCGUAUUCCGUCACGAGUUUUUACCGGGUGGGGCUCGAUCUGGGCCUCUACCACGAAGAUGCAAACAUGGUGGCCUAUCGAAAUCUUUCCGAAGACCACAAGUCACAAGAAGUUUUGGACUUUGAUGCGAUCGAUACGAGAUAGCAACUCGGAGGUGCAACAGCGAGUCUGUCGAAUUUAUGGUGGACAGAACACCAGGUGAAAGCACACGAUGACACGCCAUGAAUUCUGCGAUGCGCAUGAUCCAAUACAAAGUUCAAGCAAGA